ACCCCUGUUCUAUCCGACGACCCCCACCCCCCUCCUCUCCCUCCACCGUGAGACCAUUAACCGCAUCAAGCCAUAACGAAACAGCGGGAGAAAACAGGAAAAGAGGGGGCAAGGAAACAUGGCGCUCAUUCCGUCGCAGGUGCUGAGGGUUGCCAUCCUUCUGUCAUAUUUCUCCAUCCUCUGCAACUACAAGGCUAUUGACAUGCCUGCUCAUCAAACGUAUGGCGGGAGCUGGAAGUUUCUAACGUUCAUUGACCUGGUGAUCCAGGCUGUGUUCUUUGGUGUCUGUGUGCUGACCGACCUGUCCAGCCUGCUCACUAAAGGCAGUGAAAGCCAGGAGCAGGAGAGACAACUCCGCAAGCUGAUUGGCCUACGAGACUGGAUGAUGUCCGUGCUGGCCUUCCCCGUCGGGGUGUUUGUGGUGACCAUGUUCUGGGCGCUGUACCUGUAUGACAGAGACCUGGUGUAUCCCAGACUUCUGGACAGCUUCAUACCCCAGUGGUUGAACCAUGGCAUGCACACCACGGUUCUGCCCUUUAUCAUCAUCCAGAUGAGGACCACACACCACCAGUAUCCCAGCAGGCCUAGCGGCUUGGCAGCCGUGUGCACCUUCGCAGUAGGAUACGUUCUAUGGAUGUGCUGGGUGCACCAUGUGACGGGGGUGUGGGUGUACCCCCUGCUGGAGUACAUUGGCCCCCUGGCCAGGGUGCUGUUCUUCUCCUGCCUCACGCUCCUCCUCUGCCUUUACUACAUCCUGGGGGACAUCCUCAACACCUACAUCUGGGACCCCUCCAGCAGAGGUUUUCUGGACUCAGCCAAAGCAAAAGCAGAUUGAGGGCGGCCCGUUAGGCAGUGGAACCCAUCGCAGAUGCCCCCCUCCCUCCCCCCCUGUCAUCUCUCCCACCCCCGUACAAACACUGUCGUCGAGGAAAACCGGACGGAACAUUUUUUGGUGUCCUCUGUUUUCCCCGCUCUCUGCUGGUCCCUCCCAGCAGUGGCGGUCUGGUCUUCAUCACAGAGGAGGAAGAGGAGGUCACUGCGAGAAAGUGUUGCAUCAUGACAUCAUCGUUUUCGUCCGGCAUUAGUUUAUAAUCGCCUUGUCUUUCAGCACUGAGGCUACGAUAUUGGGUAUCUGUAUUUAACCUCAUUAACCUUCUGCCAGGGGUACGAUGCCUAUCUGAACAUGCUCAGAGAUAUUGAGGAGUUAACCAGGAUUACACCUCUUUUUGAGUUCGAGCUUAGCCUGGCUGCUGUUCUCCCUAUGUGCUUUAGGCCACUCAUAUACCAUUGGUUAGCUAGAGUACAGUAGAUUAAAGAAUAAAACAUAGUAGAGUAGAAAUUGGUGGAAUAGAAUAAAGUAGAGUAAAAUAGAAAUAAAGCACACAGCAACAGAUGUAGAACCAAGCUAGGUGUCUGCUACCAGAAUUGGUGACUGGUACUAGUGAUACCAGUCUGGUCUUAUGGUACCAGUGAUAUCAGUGGAAUCUUGUGGUACCAAUUAUACUAGUGUGGUCUUGUGGCACCAGUGAUACCAGUGUGGUGAUUGGUACCAAUCUGGUCUUGUGGUACCAGUGACACCAGCCUAGUUCCAUAAUGUUUCGCUCCAGGUAGGUCUGACUUGCUGCUCUUUCUCCUCCUCUGUGCUCCCAGCAGGGAACUCAACUGUAUGUAUGCUCUUCCAAUAAAAGGUGUUAUGUAGG